CACUGACCGGACGUCAAUCCGGAACGGACCAAAACAAAACUAGUUGACGUGGAGAAGGAAAACGCGUUUUUUAAUUUUUGUUUUUUAAUUAUUAUUUACAAUGGCUGACGUUAAAGUAGAAAUAGCAGCCUGUAGCUCUUCUGCUGAAUUGAUACAGAGUACAAACGCAACGUCUCAGCCCAACAACCCGCUGUCGAGGAAGCUGAAUAAAAUAUUGGAGACGCAGCUUGACAAUGACAAGGAGAUGCUGGAGGCUCUGACGGCUCUGUCGGCGUUCUUCACCGAGAACAGCCUGCGCACACGGAGGAACCUGCGCGGUGACAUCGAGCGAAGGAGCCUGGCCAUCAACGAGGACUUUGCGCAGAUAUUUAAAGAAGUCAAAGACGAGCUGGAGAGCGUUCACGAGGACGUUCAGGCCAUGACCACCUGCUGUGCGGAGAUGACCAGCAGGUUAAAGGCUGCCAAGGAGCAAACUCAAGACUUGAUUGUGAAAACCAACAAGCUUCAAGGAGAAAAAUUUGGAAAUAGGAAGCACACUAAUUCCUAUCGGCUCAUGAAGGCGACCUGCCUCGACUUGCCACCAGUCACUACGGCAACAAGCACACCACCAUGCCAUCGCCUGGAGAUGAGGGCCCAGGUGGCUCGGGCCUUCCUCGCCAAGUUCCAGCUGUCCAGUGAGGAGAUGAGCACACUGCGAGGGGCCAGGGAUGCUCCCAUUACAGAGAACUUCUUCAAAGCCCUCAGUCGAGUGAAGCACAUCCACGAGGAUGUUAAAGUACUGCUGCGGACCAACCAGCAGACUGCGGGGCUGGAGAUUAUGGAGCAGAUGGCCGUGUUGCAGGAGGCGGCGUACGAACAACUGUACCGCUGGGCACAGAAUGAGUGCCGAGGUCUGACCCAGGAGACGUGUGAUAUCAGCCCCAUACUGACUCAAGCCAUGGAGGCCCUGCAGGACCGUCCUGUCCUUUACAAGUACACCCUGGAUGAGUUUGGGACGGCGCGCAGGAAUGCAGUGGUGCGCGGCUUCAUCGAUGCCCUGACGCGGGGGGGGGCGGGCGGAACCCCCCGUCCCAUUGAGAUGCACUCGCACGACCCAAUGAGGUACGUGGGAGACAUGCUGGCCUGGCUACACCAAGCCACCGCCUCUGAGAAGGAGCACCUGGAAGCGCUGCUCAAGCAAGUCACUCUGCAGGGCGUGGACGACAACAUGCAAGAGGUGGUUGGACACAUCACAGAAGGAGUGUGUCGGCCUCUGAAAGUCCGGAUGGAGCAGGUGAUCGUGGCCGAGCCGGGCGCGGUAUUGCUUUACAAGCUGUCCAAUCUGCUCAAGUUCUACCACCACACCAUCAGCUCCAUCCUGGGAACCAGCGUAGCCUCUUUGCUAAUGACGAUGGAGGAGAUGCACAUACUCAGCAAAAAGAUGUUUUUCAACAGCCUUAGCCUUCAUGCAAGCAGACUUAUGGACAAGGUGGAGCUCCCACCUCCUGACCUGGGCCCCACCAUUUCCCUCACCCAGACGUUGUCCCUCCUCAGGGAAAUUCUGGCUUCUCACGACUCCUCCGUGGUUCCCGUGGGUGCUCGUCAGGCUGACUUUGCCCAGGUGCUCUCCUGCAUUCUGGACCCCCUCCUGCAGCUGUGCACGGUGUCAGCCAGUAACCUGGGCACGGCCGACAUGGCCACCUACAUGGUCAACUCGCUGUACGUCAUGAAAACCACGCUGGCGCUCUUUGAGUUUACCGACAAGAGGCUGGAGAUGCUGGAGUUCCAGAUCGAGGCUCACCUUGACACGCUGAUCAACGAGCAGGCGUCCUACGUGCUGACCAGAGCGGGCCUCAGCCACAUCUACAACUCCGUGCAGCAGCAUGGCGCCGAGCAGGGUCCUCUGUCCCUCCUGCCCAGCAUGGACGUGUCUUCAGUGAAAGCGGCUAUGGUCCAGUUCGACCGCUACCUGUCAUCUCCCGACAGCCUGGUGAUGCCUCAGCUCAACUUCCUGCUCAGCGCCGCCAUCAAGGACCAGAUCUUCACCCAGUCCACCGAGCUGGUGUGUCGGGCGUACGACGAGGUGCACUCGGCGCUCAGCAGCCCGGCCAACGCCUACAAAGACGCCGAGCGCCUCCUCCCCAGAUCCCCCCAGCAGGUCCGGGCCUUGCUCUCGUGACAGACGCGUGGUGUCGUCCCCGUCUGGUCCCGCUGCAGGUUAUUUCCAGAGCGUUGUCAUGUGUAAUCAUAACACAGACGCGCGCGUACACGUGUGGCCCGCUUUAGGUGGAGUUCUGCGGCCUGUGAGUCACCUCCGACGUCGUGUCUGUGGGGGCUCAGGAAUAUUGUUGUUGCAUUAAUAUACCACAAAGAGCUUUUUUUAUAUGAUUGGAUAUGAUAUAAAACAGAUGUUGAUGCUGAAUGAGAAAGGGCUUUCUUUUUGUCAUUUAUCAACAUUUCCCAUAGAACAGCAUUUCCUAAACUUCAAUUAGUGGAGACACAUAUUUUACGUUAGAAAAAUCUCACAUCCAAACAUAAAUGUCACAAAAGAAAACCUAAUUACUCGUCGCAAAUCACCGUUUCCCCAUUGGAAUGCAUUGAAAUGCAGACCACUAAGUUUUUUUUUAAAGAAGAAUUAAACCCAACAUGUCACAACUUUGUUGUAUUUAAAAUUUGCAUAUCGUCUUCAGCUUCAGCUGAUGCUGUUUGGUAAGGCUAAGCACGAAUCGGUGGCGACUCGAAUUGGCAUUCGAGUCCGCCGAAAAAAAUGAACGCCGAAUCAGAGUUUUCAGAUUCGAAUCACAACGGCUCAAAGAAUGACCUACCACUUACUUUAUUCUGACAAGAGCCGUAAUGCUGCCACGCCACAUUUAUUUCAAGAAUCCUGAUUAAAGUAAGCCUUUGUUAACGAAAGAAACACUUUUACUGUGGGCAAGGAAACAUUUUUUUAAAACAUUGCAUCUACUCGCCUACGGGGGCCGCCAUUUGUGUGUCUUCACUGGCGACUGUGCGAAUUCGUGACAAUAUGAUGUGUAUCAGCCCUUCCUGCCGCUUUAUUUCUUGGCAAAACAAGACAGAGUUGGUAAAGCAACGACAAGCUACACAUCGGUCAUAUCCACUUGCAGUCAGACAUUUUGGCAGCCCUGGGGUGUCAAAUGUUUUUCGCCAUGACUGUAUUGCCUAUAUAUAGUUUUUUUUAUUUAAAAAAAUAUGCAAUUUUAGGAGUGAUACUGACUUCAUUAUUGCUGACCUUUUUUUUUUUUUUUUUAAGCACCCCAUGAAAUCAAUGCCCCCAUGGAUGCAUACGUAGGUUGGUGAGGGUUAGUCGAAUGGCCAGCGUGAACAUUAGAGCAGAAAAGCACACACUGUUGAUGUGUACAAGACACAGCGAAUCAUGCCAAAAAAUUGAUGACAAUAAAGACCCGUUUCAAAGUU